AUGAGCAUCCAGCCAUACCAAUCACCCUUAGAGCUUGUUGCCCAAGUGGCAUCCCUUCCCCCACCACCGCACCUCCUCCUCUUUGGAGACUCUAUCACACAAGGCGCAUCUUCACUCCAGAGCGAUCUGGCAAGACGGUAUGUGCGCCGGCUUGAUGUACUAAACCGGGGCUUCGGUGGGUACAACACCAACUCAGCUUUGGCACUGCUGCCGUCAUUCUUCCCAGCAGUGGCACCGUCAAGAACUGUUCCUCGCGUCGCUGCUAUGACGGUUCAUUUUGGCGCCAACGACUCAUGUAGCCCUGGCGAGCCUCAACAUUGCGAACUCGACACCUUCAAAACAAAUGUCCGGCGUAUUCUGAACUGGGAGGGUGUCAGACUUCACAAGACCAAAGUACUCCUUGUGACACCGUCUCCAGUGGAAGAGUAUCGGCUGCCACACGAUGGAAAGGACAGGGCAGACCGAGUGGCGAUGUAUGCAGACGCGAUUCGGGGUAUUGGGAAGCAGGAAAAUGUACCAGUUGUUGACCUUUGGACUGCAAUGAUGCGCACUACAAAUCAGAAAGAUAACGUUGUUGAUGGAAUCUUGCCCGGGUCUUCAAGGACAGUCCCCAGCAUGGAGCUUGGGCGACUCUUCUACGAUGGUCUUCACCUGAACGAAGAAGGGUAUCGAAUCUAUAUGGAAGAGCUUUUGCGUGUUCUUGAAGCGGAAGUUCCCGAAUGUCGGAUAGAAGGCACAGACGAGUGGUAUCCUGAGUGGAUUAGAUUUCACCCCCCGGCAGUGUUGAGUGCAGCUAAAGAUGAAUCCUGA